ACAAUGUUGAUGCCCCAGCCUCUGCUCUCAAACAGCAGGGCAUCUUUGUCAUUGGUAUUGGAACAAGGACCUCUGACAGUAGAGAGCUGCAGAAGUUGUCAUAUGAGCCCAGUUAUGCGCUGUCGGUAUUUGAGUUCUCCGACCUUCCUCGUGUCCAAGAACAACUCUCCUCUGUCAUGAGCACGGCGCUGUUAAAGGCUACACCUUUGGUUCCAACAGUGACUGUGGUGAGGCAACAUACAGGAAGAGAUGUGGUGUUCUUGCUGGAUGGAUCUGACGGCACAAGAUCUGGCUUCCCAGCUAUGCGAGAUUUUGUCCAAAGAGUAGUAGAAACUCUUAGUGUGGAUGACAAGAAAGACCGUGUGUCAGUGGUUCAGUACAGCAGGGAUCCAGCUGUCCACUUCUAUUUGAACACCUACAUGACUAAAGGCCAGAUCCUUGAUGCCGUCAGGGGUUUGAGGCACAAAGGCGGAAGACCCCUUAACACUGGAGCAGCUCUCCAGUACUUGCGGGAUAACGUCUUCACUGCCUCUGCAGGAAGCAGGCAGUCGGAGGGAGUUCCUCAGGUCCUUAUAUUUCUAAGUGGUGGACGAUCUUCAGACAGUGUCGACGCACCAGUGGCUGCUCUCAAACAGAUGGGCGUCUUGAUCUUUGCAAUUGGAAGCAGAGGCUCUGAUAGCAGAGAAUUGCAAAAAGUGUCCCACGAUCCCAGCUAUGCUCUAUCUGUGUCAGAGUUUACUGACCUUCCCAGUGUCCAACAACAACUUCAGGCCUCUGUGGAGGCCGUGGUUAUUGACGCUACUCCUGAAUCACCAACUGUACAUGUUGACACUGCCAAAAAGGAUAUUGUAUUCCUCCUUGAUGGUUCCGAUGCCACGAGGAAUGGCUUCCCCGCCAUGCGUGAUUUUGUUGAAACAGUGGUUGAAAAACUCAGUGUGGGAGAAAACAAAGACCGUGUCUCUGUGGUCCAGUUCAGCAGAGAAGCUGAAGUCCAUUUCUAUCUGAACACUUACAACAACAGAGAGGACAUAGUGGAUGCGGUCAGAGGACUUAGACACAGAGGAGGAAGACCCCUCAACACCGGGGCAGCCCUCCAGUACGUCAGGGACAAUGUCUUUACAAAUUCCUCAGGAAGUAGACAUCAGCAAGGUGUCUCUCAGAUGUUGAUUCUGCUAACUGGGGGAAGGUCUUUUGACAAUGUUGAUGCCCCAGCCUCUGCUCUCAAACAGCAGGGCAUCUUUGUCAUUGGUAUUGGAACAAGGACCUCUGACAGUAGAGAGCUGCAGAAGUUGUCAUAUGAGCCCAGUUAUGCGCUGUCGGUAUCUGAGUUCUCCGACCUCCCUCGUGUCCAAGAACAACUCUCCUCUGUCAUGAGCACAGCGCUGUUAAAGGCUACACCUUUGGUUCCAACAGUGACUGUGGUGAGGCAGCAUACAGGAAGAGAUGUGGUGUUCUUGCUGGAUGGAUCUGACGGCACAAGAUCUGGCUUCCCAGCUAUGCGAGAUUUUGUCCAAAGAGUAGUAGAAACUCUUAGUGUGGAUGACAAGAAAGACCGUGUGUCAGUGGUUCAGUACAGCAGGGAUCCAGCUGUCCACUUCUAUUUGAACACCUACAUGACUAAAGGCCAGAUCCUUGAUGCCGUCAGGGGUUUGAGGCACAAAGGUGGAAGACCCCUUAACACUGGAGCAGCUCUCCAGUACUUGCGGGAUAACGUCUUCACUGCCUCUGCAGGAAGCAGGCAGUCGGAGGGAGUUCCUCAGGUCCUUAUAUUUCUAAGUGGUGGACGAUCUUCAGACAGUGUCGACGCACCAGUGGCUGCUCUCAAACAGAUGGGCGUCUUGAUCUUUGCAAUUGGAAGCAGAGGCUCUGAUAGCAGAGAAUUGCAAAAAGUGUCCCACGAUCCCAGCUAUGCUCUAUCUGUGUCAGAGUUUACUGACCUUCCCAGUGUCCAACAACAACUUCAGGCCUCUGUGGAGGCCGUGGUUAUUGACGCUACUCCUGAAUCACCAACUGUACAUGUUGACACUGCCAAAAAGGAUAUUGUAUUCCUCCUUGAUGGUUCCGAUGCCACGAGGAAUGGCUUCCCCGCCAUGCGUGAUUUUGUUGAAACAGUGGUUGAAAAACUCAGUGUGGGAGAAAACAAAGACCAUGUCUCUGUGGUCCAGUUCAGCAGAGAAGCUGAAGUCCAUUUCUAUCUGAACACUUACAACAACAGAGAGGACAUAGUGGAUGCGGUCAGAGGACUUAGACACAGAGGAGGAAGACCCCUCAACACCGGGGCAGCCCUCCAGUACGUCAGGGACAAUGUCUUUACAAAUUCCUCGGGGAGUAGACAUCAGCAAGGUGUCUCUCAGAUGUUGAUUCUGCUAACUGGGGGAAGGUCUUUUGACGAUGUCGAUGCCCCAGCCUCUGCUCUCAAUCAGCAGGGCAUCUUUGUCAUUGGUAUUGGAACAAGGACCUCUGACAGUAGAGAGCUGCAGAAGUUGUCAUAUGAGCCCAGUUAUGCGCUGUCGGUAUCUGAGUUCUCCGACCUCCCUCGUGUCCAAGAACAACUCUCCUCUGUCAUGAGCACAGCGCUAUUAAAAGCUACACCUUUGGUUCCAACAGUGACUGUGGUGAGGCAGCAUACAGGAAGAGAUGUGGUGUUCUUGCUGGAUGGAUCUGACGGCACAAGAUCUGGCUUCCCAGCUAUGCGAGAUUUUGUCCAAAGAGUAGUAGAAACUCUUAGUGUGGAUGACAACAAAGACCGUGUGUCAGUGGUUCAGUACAGCAGGGAUCCAGCUGUCCACUUCUAUUUGAACACCUACAUGACUAAAGGCCAGAUCCUUGAUGCCGUCAGGGGUUUGAGGCACAAAGGCGGAAGACCCCUUAACACUGGAGCAGCUCUCCAGUACUUGCGGGAUAACGUCUUCACUGCCUCUGCAGGAAGCAGGCAGUCGGAGGGAGUUCCUCAGGUCCUUAUAUUUCUAAGUGGUGGACGAUCUUCAGACAGUGUCGACGCACCAGUGGCUGCUCUCAAACAGAUGGGCGUCUUGAUCUUUGCAAUUGGAAGCAGAGGCUCUGAUAGCAGAGAAUUGCAAAAAGUGUCCCACGAUCCCAGCUAUGCUCUAUCUGUGUCAGAGUUUACUGACCUUCCCAGUGUCCAACAACAACUUCAGGCCUCUGUGGAGGCCGUGGUUAUUGACGCUACUCUUGAAUCACCAACUGUACAUGGCCCUCGGAGAGACAUUGUUUUUCUUGUUGAUGGAUCCGAUAGUGUUGGACGAGAAUUCGCCAUCAUCCAAGAGUUCAUCCGUAGGUUGGUGGAGAGCCUUGAUGUGGGAGAAAACAAAGUCCGAAUUGGUGUGGUCCAGUAUGGUGACUCUUCCCAGGCUGACAUGUAUCUCAAUACAUACAACACAAAAGAAGGUGUACUGAACAGCAUCAGGGAAAUGAGACAGCUUGGAGGAAGACAGCGUAACCUGGGCCAAGCCCUGAAGUUUCUCAGGAACAGUGUUAUGAUACCAGCACAAGGAAGCAGGAAGCAAGAAGGUGUACCACAGUUUGCCGUUGUUGUGUCCAGCAGGCCUUCAACAGAUAAUGUCAGGCUUGAAGCCACUUCUCUCAAAACAUCUGGAGUUAUCCCAUUAAGCAUUGGUACCAGGGAGAUCGACCCCACAGAGCUACGUAUGGUGUCAUACAUCCCAAGAUAUUCUUUCACUGUUGAUGACCUCCCUGGUCUGUACACAGCUGAAGAAAGCGUCCGUGAAACACUAACAACGUUAUCAGAUGAAGAGAUUGCAGCAUUGAGGCCUGAAAUCCCAACUGAAGUAGUGCCACCACCACCACCACCAUCACCACGGGGAGACGGGGAUAAAAGAGACGUUGUAUUUCUCAUCGAUGGUAGUAUCGCAACACGUAGUGAAUUUCCAUCCGUUCGUGAAAUGAUAAGAAGAGUUGUGAGCCAGCUGGAUGUAGGACUUGAUAGGGUCAGAGUUUCAGUGGUGCAGUACAGCGAUGAUACGAAACUAGAAUUCCUUCUUAAUGAGUACUCCACCAAAAGGGAAGUGGACCAGGCUGUGUCAAGGCUCAGAAGCAUGGCUGGAAGUCGUCUGAACACGGGGCGUGCCCUUGAGUGGGUUGCCAGGAACAUCUACCAGAGAUCUGCUGGAAGUCGUGUUGAGGAAGGUGUGCCUCAGUUCCUCAUUCUGGUUACAGGCGGGAAGUCUUCAGAUGACGUAUCCACACAUGCUAACCAGCUUAAGAGAAAUCUGGUUGCACCUGUUGCCAUCGGUUCAAGAAAUGCAGAUUUAGAUGAGCUGCGACAGAUUUCCCUAAGGCCAGAGCUUGUGUACUCUGUUGACAGUUUCCAACAACUACCAAGAGUGGAACCCCAGCUCAUUAAUUCUGUCCGAACAAUAACCACCACUGACAUCACAAGAGGUGUUCCAGUACAAGAAGAGCUACUGGAUAUUGGGAAGAAGGAUAUAAUUUUCCUUGUUGAUGGUUCAGACAGCACAGGUCCUGAUGGCAUUGCCUAUAUUCGGGACUUUAUCAUCAGCAUUGUCCAACAACUUGAUGUGCAGCCUGAAAAAGUUCGCAUUGCUGUUGUCCAGUAUUCAGACAGAACCCAAACAGAGUUCUCCCUUCGGACACACAACAGCAAGCAAGAUGUGUUGUCUGCUAUCAAACGCCUUCGUCAGCUUGGUAGACGUUCCUCAAACCUGGCCAGUGCCAUUGAUUAUGUCUUGGAGAGGGAAGUAAAACCAUCAGCUGGCGUUCGUCUAUCAGAGGCCUCCCAGCAUCUUGUGGUUCUCACAGGUGAAAAGUCCAGCCAGUCAGUUUCUCUCUUUGGACCUCUGUUGAAGAAAAGACGAGUGAACUGCAUUGGAGUUGGGACUAUGAAUGCUGACAGGAGUCAACUUGGUGAAAUUGCCUCAUCCUCAGAAGAUGUUGUUACUGUACUGUCAUUCCCAAAUUUGCCAACUGCAAAAACAAAGGUUGUUUCCAGACUGACAGGGAUGGCUGUGGUAGAUGAACCAGACGACCCUGACACUGAAUAUAAUAAUGUGCCAGGACCCAAAAAGGCUGAUAUAGUGUUCCUAAUGGAUGGAUCCAUCAACCUUGGCCUAGAAAACUUCAAGAUAGUUAGGGACUUUAUUAUGACUUUGGUUGAUUCAUUCUUCGGUGAAACAGACGACCUACGAAUUGCACUCGCACAGUAUUCCACGGAUGUAACUGAUGCCUUCUACUUCAACACCUUCAAGGACAGGGAGGAAGUUGUGGAGGCCAUUGGCAGCAUAGAAUACAAAGGUGGACGUAGAAUCAAUACUGGUGCAGCCAUUCGCCAUGUUCAGGAUAUCCAUUUCACCAGGCAGAAAGGCAGUAGGAUGGAUGAAGGCAUCCCUCAGAUCCUCAUGCUCAUCACUGGAGGUCGCUCAAGUGAUGAUGGGAAGACAGCAGCACUGGGUCUGAAAAGCAAAGGUGUGAAAGUCUUUGCUUUAGGGACUGGAGACAUUCAAGAGGAGCUGGAGAACAUGGCAAGUCGAACUUCCACCACGUUCCGAGGACAGGACUUCGAGGACUUAUCACAGCUCCUGGAGCAAAUCCUGCAGACAUUAGAUGAUGAAGUCAAGGGGGAUGGUUGUACUGAUUCCCAAACACUGGUAACAGCUUGCGAUGUUGAGGUGUUAGUCGGCUUCGAUGUGUCUGGCCAGAACAUCUUCAGAACUCAAAACAACCUUCAGAAAAAGAUGGAAGCCAUUCUGCAAAGAAUUUCAAAAAUGGCACCAAUCAGUUGCUCGGGAGGCCAGAGUCCAUCCAUCCAAGUCGGUAUGCUGGCCAUGGAUUCUGCCUCUGAGCCUGUCCAGAUCGACUUUACAGACAAUCCAAAUGAGCUGUUUGAGGCCUUCAGAGGUCUGCAGAGUCGGGGCCCCUUCGUCCUCAACGCUCAGACCAUCGUCGCCUAUAAGAACCGGUUCAGACAGGGUAGCAACAUAAAGGUAAUCAUUCAUCUGACUGACGGCCUUGAUGCUCCAUACUCUGAAGUAAAAAGACAAGUUGAAGAGCUUCGUCAGUCAGUUAACAGCUUCAUCGUGGUUGGGCUGGAACGAGCAGAACGGUUUGAGGAGGCUUUACUUUUGGAAUACGGUCGUGGCUUUAGGUACACAAGACCCCUAAGACUCAAUGUCAUGGACCUAGACUAUGAGCUUUUGGAGGAACUGGACAACAUUGCGGAGCGUGAAUGCUGUGGAGUUCCAUGUAAAUGUACUGGGAACAGGGGAGAUCGAGGGGCAGUUGGGAUGCCAGGGAUUAAGGGUAGUCCAGGAUUCCCAGGGAGCCAAGGACAUCCUGGAGACGAGGGUGGACCAGGAGAAAGAGGUCCACCUGGUGUUAAUGGGACUCAGGGUUUCCAGGGAUGUCCUGGACAGAGAGGAGUCAAGGGCUCUCGUGGCCUCUCUGGAGAAAAGGGUGAAAUGGGAGAAAUUGGACUUGAUGGCAUUAACGGGGAAGAAGGGCUAAGUGGAAUCGCUGGGCCUCCGGGUGACAGAGGAAACCCUGGAGGGAGAGGUCCCAAAGGAGCGAAAGGAAAAACAGGCGACAUAGGUCAAAGGGGAAUCAGAGGUGACCCUGGAACGAGGGGACAGGAUAACGACACUCCAGGACCUAAGGGGGACCGUGGUGAUGCUGGCCUGCCGGGAGACCCUGGUUUAGACGGAGUGAUAGGAGAACGGGGGGAAAAUGGCAGACAGGGUCUGGAUGGUAACAGAGGGCAACCGGGACCACCUGGACGUCCCGGGUCAGCCGGAGCAAAAGGUCUGCCAGGACAGCAGGGCAUCGCAGGAUCAAGAGGUCGAGCUGGACCAAUCGGUACUCCAGGACCUAAAGGGGAGGAUGGGAAUCCCGGUCCUAGAGGUCCUGGUGGUAUCCCGGGUCCCGCCGGAGAUACAGGAAGAAGAGGACCUCUUGGUCGCAAGGGAGAACCGGGAGAUCCAGGACCAGCUGGUGAGGGCGGUUCCAUUGGACCCCAUGGAGAACCAGGUCCAGAUGGUAGCGAUGGUUUCGGUCCGAAGGGUGAGAAAGGAAGACAGGGAGGUACUGGUUUCCCAGGGAACCCCGGACCAAAGGGGGAAGCUGGAGACCCUGGAAAACUGGGUGGACCUGGAGCCCGAGGAAACCGCGGACAGAGAGGAGUAUCUGGGAAACCUGGACUGCCUGGACAGAAGGGAGAGGAUGGGUAUUCUGGACCCUACGGACCCAAAGGACCAAGAGGACCAGGUGUUGUGCAAUGUGACCUAGUCCAGAAGAUCAGAGAUAACUGCCCUUGCUGUUUUGGUAAGGAGGAAUGUCCGGUCUACCCCACGGAGCUGGCUUUCGCCCUGGACGUCUCCCAGACUGUCGAUCGCCAAGUUUUCAACAACAUGCGAGACACUGCCGCCCUCCUUGUUAAAAACAUCACCAUCGCUGAGAGUAACUGUCCAAGAGGCGCUCGCGUUGCUCUGACACUGUACAGCAACGAGGUCAUCACUGAGGUCCGGUUUGCCGACGCAUUGAAGAAACGGUCGCUGGUGGAUCGCAUCGAGGGACUGCAAAAACCAAGAUCCAACAAGGAAGCAAGUUUAGAAACAGCCAUGACCUUUGUGGCCCAGAACACCUUCAAGAGAGUGCGCAGUGGUUUCCUUAUGAGGAAAGUGGCCGUCUUCUUUGUUGGUCACCGGGUUAGGCAGACUCAGAGAAUCACUAAUGCCGCUCUUCGCCUUCACGAUGCUGGGAUAGCUACCUUGAUCUUGGUGAACAGUGAGAACAGAGAGCUCAGCCGGGCUGUGCAGGUGAACAAUACAGCGCUGGCCCAGGUUAUAGUUCUUCCUACCUCAGGAAGCUCCCAGUACAACUCAGCCUUCAAGAAGGUCCUGAACUGCCACGUCUGCUUCGAUUUCUGCUCUCCGGAUCAAGUCUGUGACUUUAUACCCCCAGCGACCAGCCGAGACCGGAGGUCGCUGACCUCUGAUGUGGACAUUGAUAUGGCGUUCGUCAUUGACAGCUCUGAGACCACGUUCCCCUCCUUCUUCAUUGAGAUUAAACGAUACAUAGCUCACAUCGUAGAAGCUCUCCACGUGACUUCGGAUCCCAUGACAUCUGUUCAUCAUGCUAGAGUAGCUGUUGUCCAGCAAGCUCCUUAUGCGUUUCUCCGCAACAGAACUGGUCUUCCCAUUCACGUGGACGUUGGCUUGACCCAACACCGCUCUGCUCCAGACAUCGUCAGGUUCCUGCUGGAGAAGACGGAGCAGCUGGAGGGCGGCCGUGCCCUCGCCUCGGCCAUCGAGUCCACAGUGGAGCAGGUGUUUGAAAAAGCGCCGCUGCAGCGCGACAGGAAGGUGAUUGUCCUCUUUGUGACCGGCAGCGUAGCGGAGGAAGAGGAGCAGCUGGUCCGCAUUGCCAGUGAGAUCAAAUGCAGAGGAUUCUUCCUGGUGAUUUUUGGCGUGGGUAAAGCGCUGGGUCCCAGAGACGCUUACGUUCUGUCCCGCAUGGCGAGCGAACCUUCAGAUGUCUUCUUCAAACGCCUCGACCUCAUUUCUGACUUCUAUGACAAACACAUCCAGACGUUUGGGCAGCUGUUUGCAAAGUACAUCAGCUUUGAAAACCGUCCUGAACUGUCCAAGAACUGUGCGUGGGUGCAGAGUGACCAGCCCCUGAAAAGCCCCCUCCCACCAGCUCCCCAUCAGGAGAAACAACAGAAACACUAUGAAACUAACCAGGCCGUUCAUGACAAGAAGCUUCAUGCUGCAGACGAGCUCCACGUCGCCAACGUCACGUCCAGCAGCUUCAGGUUACAGUGGAGCAUCUUGGAUCCCAAACUCUUGGUCUACUUUGAAGUGGUGGUGACUCGACUGACCGACCACGCCUUGGUUGUGAAGACCAACGUCUCCGGCACGGAGAUAGCUCUGGACAACCUGGAAAGUUCUCAGACGUAUCACGCUGUGGUCACGGCAUACACAGCUGAGGGUCUCAUUGUUUCCACCCGCAAGGGCAUCGUUGAAACCAAAGCAGCCAGCCCAGGCAGCGCACCUGUCACCAGCAGACCACUGGAAAAACCUGAACCAGAACCUGAACCAGAAGCUAAACCAGAACCACAACCUGAACGAGAACCAGAACCACAACCAGAACCAGAACCGGUCAAUGACCUGGCAGAGCCGUGCUCACUUGACUUUGACCCUGGGCAGCCGUGCAAAGACUAUCAGGCUAAGUGGUUCUUUGACAGAAAGAACGGGUUCUGUGCAGAGUUCUGGUAUGGAGGGUGUGGAGGCAAUGAGAAUAGGUUCGGCACAGAAGCCCUUUGCUUAGAAAACUGCAUGAAGUCAGCCCUGGAGCCUCAGCCAGAGGAGCAGAAAGCUGAACAGAUGGAGGUUCUUCCAGCUCCUGCGACUCUUACAUCUCUGGAUAUUUGCCAGCUUCCCAAAGAAGAAGGGAAAUGUGCUAAAUUUGUCCUGAAGUGGUUCCAUGAUGCUCCCAGCAGGAGCUGCAUCCGCUUCUGGUACGGCGGCUGCGGUGGAAACCAGAACCGCUUCGACACCUAUGAGCAGUGCAUGAAGGCCUGCGGAGAAUCAGCACCAGUCAACCCAGGGAUCAUGGCCACACUGAGAACAUAGAAGGCUUUACCUCUGUUUGGAGAACCAUCCUAAACAGCCACCCUGAAGCGACGGUGGCAGCACUGGACUCACCACAACAUGAACUUUAACUCCAAACUUCUUGAAGUAGUUUUUUUUGUUUUGUUUUGUUUGUUUUUUCACAUGAUAGAAGGAAGAAGGUUUGCUGUGUGAAACGUUUGACCUACUGGUGCUAAAAGUCUGAGUCUAAUACCUGCAGCAUGAUGAGUCUGGAACCAUGAAGAGAAAAUGUUUAGGAUUAGAAGCAGGAGUCUGUUGGACAAAAACGAGCAAUCGAUCCAUAAAGCAGGACUUUAAGGUCCAGAGCAGUUCAGGCUGAUUCAGUCCGUCCCUGCAGCGUUCACACAGCUCCAGAAACUCACCGCUCUGAUGUAAUGCCAUGCUAAGUGCACUCCUGGAUCCGUUUCCUCCUUUCAAGACGUUCAGCUAUCUGCAAACGUCACUCUGGUUGUUAUUUUUAUUCCGGUUCAUGAAGUUUACCUGUAAGUUUGUGUUUGGAGGAAAUAAAAAUCAAGACUUUGUAAAAAAAAA